UAAUGAACAAUGCGCCUGGUCUCGGACUGUUUCUGUGUUUUGGUGACAUUUUUUAACGCAGUCGCCUAAAAUCAAGAUAGUGUUCGUGGAGAAAAGAUCAUUACAGCCAAGAACCAUCUGAAAUAAAUGGCUUCCUCCGUAGAAGAAAGACUAGAGAAAAACCUGGAAUGUGGAAUUUGCUUGGAAUCAUUCCAGGAGCCAAAAGUGCUGCCCUGUCAGCACACCUAUUGUAAAAAGUGCCUUGAACGAAUUAUCUUUAGGGCUUCUGGAGGGCGUGUGCAGAAAAUCACGUGUCCUGAGUGCCGAGUAGAAACGAAGCUUCAACGAGGUGGCGUCGCAAGUCUUCCUUCCAGUUUUCUAAUCAAGAGGCUCUUGGAAGUUAACAGUGGUGCCCAACUCGAUACGUCCGCAAAUUGUGAGAAACACCCAGAAGAACUAGUAGAUCUUUAUUGCGAUUGUGGUGAACCGAUAUGCAGAGCAUGCGCAGUGAUAGAUCAUCGUCUCCACUCGAAUCAACCUUUGAGUAAGGUAUUUGCUCGUGAGAAAAAAAUGAUAGCGACACUUUUAGAAAAAGCAAAACCACAAAUGUCUGCUCUAAAGGCAGAAAUUUCGUCUAGAGAGGGUAUCGAAGAAGCAUUGCAACAAAACUGUUCAGAUAUUGACGAACAAAUUGAAAACUUCGUCAAUGCUAAAAUUGCUCAAUGGGAGAGUAAAAGGGAAAGUUUGAAGAAAGAUCUGAGAGAAAUGUCCGCAUCAAAGGUUGAUAGCCUGAAACGACGAAGGGAAGCACUCCUUUUGCUAGUGAGUAGAGUAGAGAAUGUCAAAGACAUUAUCAAGAAAUGUGGCCGUAGUUGUGAAAAGAAAGUGGAAUUCUUGCGUAAGAAAAGUCAGUUCGAUGAGCACCUAAAAGAAUUAAGUGCAACUUCUCAACAUAUUCAGCCUUGUAAUAAAGUUACCAUUCAGCUUGAAGAAAUCCACCCCCUGAAGAUAUAUCCCAACGGACACGACGUCUCUAAUCAGGCAAAAAUUCGACUUCUUGAGUUUGACAAACAAGGAAAUCGUGUUGGACCAUCCGCUAAUUCAGAUUUUAUUGACUUAUUUAAUAACUGGAUAAUGCUUUCUUGUUUUUUAUUUCUUAUGGGCCUAAUCUUCUUUUUCAAGUGUCUUGAUUUGGGUAAAUGAAAAUGACCGAGAAAUGCACGAAUUUGCAGCAUGAGGAUCCUUUUUUUUAUUACUACUAAACAUGUUUGGACUCCAGAAUCUCAAUUAACGUCGAAGGAGAUAAGAAAUAUGCUACACUUACCGGUGUCAGCGUGUACAUAAAGACGAACAUGCCAACUUACAAAAAAGACUAGAUGCAUCAGGACGAUUCACAGGUAGGAACUGAAACAAAUGUAUUCACCAAUCAAUGUGGAACUUUCAUCGAAGCCCGAGCCAUGUUAAACAACUGCAAAAAUCCUACCAUGCGAACUCAUCUUAAGAUGCAAACAUUUCAAAAGCAAGUAACCGAAGACGUCUUUUGGAACUUAGAAAACGGUUCUGUGAUCUUUAUAUGUCACACCAACUUUAGGCGACAAAUUUGAAUAAUGAACCGAGAAAACGCAAACCUGAUGUAAGAAAUCUAAAAACUUAGGUAAAAAGUGUAGAAAAUCGUAAUCAUGAAGUAAGAUUUUCCACAAGGUUGUGACGUUAAUCAUGUUAAUGGACCUCUCUAGCCUGAAAG